UGUUUGGAAAAGAGAUAAAGGUGGGUUAGGAUGUUUACAACUUUUUUUUUUAUGCCUAUAGACGAAUGAGUUGGGAUUUGGGUGGAUCUGGUUAAUGAUGUGUAAUUUACUAGAAGCAGCUAGGGUCUUAAUCAAGCUUCAACAAAUUUUAUCAUUGUCUCAGUUUGUUUCUCUCAAUAUCUGAGUUUGGCAUUCUUCAAAAUCGAAGUUCCUGCAGACCCAAGUUGAUUCUCUUAAUAUCUCAGAGUCUAUCUCUCUUGAUUUUACUUCCUCCCCUUGCUCGUGAUUGUCACUGCUGCAAUUUGGUUUUUUGUGGCCUAAUCAGCCCAUGUUGUUGGUGAUCAAUUGUUAAUGGGCUUAGCAUCUGUGUGUAAAGUCUAGGUGAAGCAGAAGUGUGGGCUUUUAGUUAGCGAAGCCUUUGAUGAGCGAGCCCGGUCAGUAGGGUUUUGUAGCUAAGUCCCCUCCCCAACUUUCUAUAAAUACAUAUUGUCUCAUCACGAUUGUAUACCUUUUGAUAAUCGGAAAAUAUAACUCAUUUCGAUUUAGAGAUCUAGGGAGGAAGACUUAGUUGAUAGUAUUGCACUAUCAAAUUGGAGUAACUGCUGUGGAUCAAUCAGAGAUAAUUGCUAUGGAUCAAUCAGAGAUCUAGGGAGGAAGACUUAGUUGAUAGUAUACUUUAUCAAAUUGGAGUAACUGCUGUGGAUCAAUCAGAGAUAAUUGCUAUGGAUCAAUCAGUCUGCAUGGGUGAGUUUUGAUGCAGUGUAUAAGCUGAGAAGGACAAUUAUGCAUGGAUUUGGUAUUUCUGGCAGUAGCAUGUGACUCUUUUAGUUAAGGGGUGUAUUGUAUAUAUACGUUAAACUCCAUGGAUUUCUCGCUCAAGAAAUCGUUGAAGUCACAAGGCUCUUAUAUUAAACAUACGAAGAAAAUCUCCGCAGGUGGAGGUAUCCAAACCAGUCACGAACAACUGCCUAUUCUCUCACAUCAAGACAUAGACAUUGUCGAAGAUCGACGUCACCCCCAUAUUACGAGCCAGAUGAAGGAGAGUUCUACUACUGACCGGAGUGAGGUCAUUGUAAAAAUCGACGAAGGUGGUGAUUCCGCCGCUGCCACCGGUGGCGGUGACCCUUCUAAAAAUGCUGCGAAUGGGAAGUAUUGGCGGGAGACUAGCUAUGAUGUGUGGAAAGACCCGGUUGGAGGUGGAGGUUGUGUGCAGGACGGCGGCGGAGAGAGUACUGAUGGUGGGACUAGACAGAGUUUUAAUUUUGUUCAAGGUAAUAAGCAGCAACAUCAGCAGGGGAUGGAUGAUCCUCCGUCGAAGUUGAUUGGGCAGUUUUUACAUAAGCAGAGAGCUUCAGGAGACAUGUCAUUAGAUAUGGAUUUGGAGAUGGAGGAGCUUCGUAGUAACCACCAUGAUCGGGAUUUGUCGCCUUUGGCAGAGUCUCCGAUGAAUGUUUGGCAGUCAAGGGAGUUGAAGGUGUCGUUUGAUCCUCCCUCGAUGUCGACGGAUGCCUUAGAUGGAUCUCAGGGAACUGAGUCGAUGCGGAGACGGUAUAAGGAGUCGCCGGACGACGAGGAGAGUCGAGGACAACAUGAGCAACCAAAUCACGAUGAGGAAGAGGUUGUGAGGUGUACAUCAAACGCAUCGUUUCAGCGCGACAUUUCAUUUCAAAGUGGGUCUAGUUUGUUACGGGUAAGGACAAAGUCCAGGCUUUUGGACCCGCCCGAUGACCCUGAUAGACGAUCGGAUCGGGUUUCAAAGUCUGGGCAGAUUCCUAAGUCGGGUCAGAAAUCCGGGUUGGCACCGAAGUCGGGUCAUGUGAAAUCUGGUAUUUUGGGGAAGGCUAAUGGGGAGGAGGAAGAAGAUGACCCAUUUUUUGAUGAGGACAUACCCGAUGAAUUCACUAGGUCGAAUCUUAAUGCCUUAACUCUGGUUCAAUGGGCUAGUUUGGUUUUGAACAUUGCGGCAUUGGCUUGUACGCUUUCAGUCCCACAUUUGAGAAAGAAAAACUUGUGGAAGUUGAAGCUAUGGAAAUGGGAGGUCUUGGUUGCGGUUCUGAUUUGUGGGAGGUUGGUCUCUGGUUGGGGGAUUCGGAUUGUGGUCUUUUUCAUUGAAAGGAAUUUUCUUUUGCGUAAAAGGGUUCUGUAUUUUGUUUAUGGUAUUAGAAAAGCUGUUCAGAAUUGUUUAUGGCUGGGCCUUGUUUUGAUUGCUUGGCACUUUUUGUUCGACAAGAAAGUUGAGAGAGAGACUAGAAGUGUGGGUCUCAAAUAUGUGACGAAAGUAUUGGUUUGUUUCUUGGUGGGUACAUUGCUUUGGUUGGUGAAGACCCUCAUAGUAAAAGUUCUUGCUUCUUCAUUCCAUGUUAGUACCUUCUUUGAUAGAAUUCAGGACUCGCUUUUCAACCAGUUUGUGAUUGAAACGCUUUCGGGUCCACCGUUGAUUGAGAUUUGCAAAGCAGAGGAAGAGGAUGAGAGGCUCGCCGAUGACGUUCAGAAGCUCCAGAAUGCUGGGGCUACUAUACCACCUGACCUUAAGGAUGCAGCUUUCUCAUCUGGGUUUCCUCCUCCGAGAACGAGUCGAGUCAUUGGGAGUGGAGGGUUGUCGAAGCCAAAGAAUAGUGCCAAACUCUCUCGGGUACUUAGCAAGGAUUCAGAGGAGGGCAUAACAAUUGAUCACUUGCAUAAGUUGAAUCCCAAGAAUGUGUCUGCCUGGAAUAUGAAAAGGCUUAUGAGAAUGGUGCGAAAUGGCGCUCUUACUACGCUUGAUGAGCAGAUAAUGGAUUCCACUCACGGUGAUGAGUCUGCUACGCAGAUUCGGAGUGAAGUUGAAGCCAAGGCUGCCGCCAAGAAAAUAUUUCACAAUGUAGCCAGGCGAGGCUCCAAGUUUAUCUACCUUGAGGAUAUAAUGCGUUUCAUGCGAGAAGAUGAGGCUCACAAGACCAUGAGUCUCUUUGAAGGGGCAGCUGAGACACAGAGAAUUAGCAAAUCUUCUUUGAAAAACUGGGUGGUUAAUGCAUUCAGGGAACGGAGAGCACUUGCCUUGACACUAAAUGACACCAAAACUGCUGUAAACAAACUUCAUCAUAUGGUAAACAUAAUAGUUGCUAUCGUUAUAGGAGUCAUAUGGCUUCUUCUAUUAGGAAUUGCCACGACCAAGUUUCUACUUUUCGUCAGUUCGCAACUAGUACUUGUGGCAUUUGUUUUUGGAAACACUUGCAAGACAGUUUUUGAAGCCAUCGUUUUCUUAUUUGUGAUGCACCCUUUUGAUGUUGGAGAUCGAUGUGAAAUCGAUGGAGUUCAGAUGGUUGUAGAAGAAAUGAACAUCUUAACUACAGUUUUUCUAAGGUAUGACAACACUAAGAUAAUAUUCCCCAAUAGUACUCUUGCCACAAAGGCCAUCAACAACUUAUACCGUAGUCCAGACACGGGAGACGGUAUUGAAUUCUGCAUCCACGUAGCUACUCCACCGGAUAAGAUUGCGGCUGUAAAACAGAGAAUAACACAUUAUGUUGAGAGCAAGGUGGAGCACUGGUAUCCUGCACCAAUGAUUAUAAUGAAGGAAAUUGAAGAACUAAACAGGGUAAGAAUGGCUGUUUGGUUGUGCCAUAAAAUGAACCACCAAGACAUGGGUGAAAGGUAUUCAAGGAGAUCUCUUUUGAUAGAAGAGAUGGUUAAGGCAUUCCGGGAACUUGACAUGCAAUAUCGCCUUCUUCCAAUCGACAUUAAUGUCAGCGCCAUGCCAACUAUGACCUCUACUCGGCUUCCCAAUAGUUGGACUGCAACUACAAGCUGAGAAAAUAAAGAAGACUACCUAACAAUAACUUGAUAACCAUUGAGCCAAGGAAAGGGAUUGAGCCCCGGAGGCUUAAUGUGUAGGACUUGUGUUGAUAAUGAAGAGGACUAGAAUUUUAUGUAGAGAAUUGUGUUGUUUUGGUUGGUUGAGUUUUAGAGUUUAGAGGAAUCACAAAUUAGUGACUUCUAUUGCAAAGAGAAUUUUAGCUAGUUUGUUUUGUUUACUUUUUUUUUGGGUGUCUUGUUAGUUUAUAAAAUAAUAUCAAUUUAACGAUUUUGUAUAAAUGGAUGCAAAUUUAUAUAUAAUAGGACCAAGAACUUCAAUAACUUGCUCCUUAAAAAUCAAAUUGAUAUGUUUCCUCUCAAAA